AUGUAUGAGGACUGCAUUGAUUCCACUGGGGACUUUUACCUCCUCUGUGACACCGAGGGGCCCUGGGCCAUUGUGCUGGAGGCCCUGGCAGCCGUCGGCAUAGCGGUUACGAUUUUGCUGCUCUUGGCAUUUCUGUUCCUCAUGCGGAAGGUUCAAGACUGCAGCCAGUGGAAUGUCCUCCCCACCCAGUUCCUCUUCCUCCUGGGCGUGCUGGGGCUUUUCGGCCUGGCGUUUGCCUUCAUCGCCCCGCUCAAUGAUCAGACUGCCCCUGUACGCUACUUUCUCUUUGGGGUACUUUUUGCUCUCUGUUUCUCGUGUCUCUUGGCGCAUGCCUCCAACCUGGUGAAGCUUGUCCGAGGGAGAGUCUCCUUCACGUGGACAACACUCCUGUGCAUUGCUAUUGGUUGCAGCCUGUUGCAGACGAUCAUUGCCAUUGAAUACGUGACUCUCAUGAUGUCCCGAUGCAUGAUGUUCAAGUAUCUGACGCCCUAUCAGCUCAACGUGGACUUUGUCGUCCUCCUGGUCUACGUGCUCUUCCUGAUGGCCCUCGCGUUCUUUGUCUCCAGUGCCACCUUCUGUGGCCCGUGUGACAACUGGAAGCAGCAUGGAAGGAUCAUCUUUGUGACUGUGCUCAUCUCCAUCAUUAUCUGGAUCGUGUGGAUCGCCAUGCUCCUGAGAGGCAACCCGCAGUUCCAGCAGCAGCCCAAGUGCGACGACCCGGUCAUCUGCAUUGCUCUGAUCACCAAUGCCUGGGUUUUCCUGCUUCUGUACAUCGUUCCUGAGCUCUGCAUCCUCUACAGGUCAUGCCAGCAGGAUUGCCCUGUACAAAGCAGCGCCUGCCCAGUGCCAGUCUACCAACGCAGCUUCAGAGCAGAGAACCAAGAGCUCUCGAGAGCCCGAGACAGUGAAGGCGCUGAGGAGGAUGUAGCAUUAACUGCCUAUGGUACCCCCACUCAGCUGCAGGCUGUUGACCCCACACAAGAGGGUUUACUCCCACGGGCUAAACUGAGCCCCCAGCAAGAUGCAGGCGUGUAA